AUGGACUCAAUAACGGCUGUGGUGCUUCAUCGUCUCAAGGCAUGGACGUCUCUUUUCUGGCAGCUCAUUCAGAACGGUAGCGUGACGGUUAUGUGGGAGGUGGCUUUGCAAGCCGAAAUUUCAACGUUCAAGAGGCAUCAGGCAGCGCCUGUAAAGUUCCUGCGAACUGGAAGCCAAGGUCUUCCUGCGCAGGCCAACGUGCGAGUCUUGCCCUCCACUGGCUUUGCCAAGCUGUCCGAUAUGGUAGCCGAUGCCGAGCACGUGCAGGAUGCGCGAGAGACGCAGGUCCGGAGCCGUGUGCUGGAGAUGCAGUCUAGACUGAUGGAGGACCGACCUCUUUCUGUCCGUUCUGCGUGUUCCCGCGCAUAA